CACACAUAUCGAUGGUACCAGCUCCCGUCGAUAGUGUCAUCUUUUGACAACCAUUUUGGCGUGUGCUGAACGAAGCCGACGAAAAAAUUAACAGCAAGCAUCCGAGGAGCAAGCGCUAAAAGAAGCAGCACGCCGGGUAUCACACCAACAAAACUUUAAGGGGCAAGCUCGAAGCAAAUACAACAAAAAAGAAACAUGUCUGACGAAAAGAAAGGCGGAGAGACGGAGCACAUUAACUUGAAGGUUCUCGGACAGGACAAUGCCGUCGUCCAAUUUAAGAUAAAGAAGCACACACCAUUGCGAAAACUGAUGAACGCUUAUUGCGACCGUGCCGGACUCUCCAUGCAGGUGGUGCGCUUCCGUUUCGACGGCCAGCCCAUCAACGAGAACGACACUCCGACCUCGCUGGAGAUGGAGGAAGGCGACACCAUCGAGGUAUAUCAGCAGCAGACUGGCGGCGCUCAUUAAAUAUACUUAGUUAAGCUACCUAAUAACAAAAAACACAGGGUUUUACUACCCACAAAACAAGAAGUAACAACAGAAGAGGAAACAAUUGUAACAAGAGUACGCUCUGUACUUGAGAAACAUUUUUCUGUACACAAAACAAAACAUCCGCAAAUAAACACUAUUGUACGAAAUGGAAAAUAAAGCAUUUUAUAAACUAUA